UAAAUAUGUAUAGACAUAUAACAUUCUUGAAAUUAGUUUAGCCAUAUUUUUAUAAAGAAACAAAACAGAUCGAGAGAGUCGAUCAAAGAGUGAAAUGCAUUCGGGGCAGCAUUGGGGAGGGCCGCCGUUGGAGAUCUGCGCCAACAACGCGGCGGAGUCGUCCACCACGACGACGGAGGAGUGGGACAGGGCGUCGGGGACGCAGCGGUCGUCGACCAACCACCGCCACGCCGACCUGGACGAGACGCAGCAGAGCUGGCUGCUCGGCGCCUCGCCGGACAGUAAGAGGAGGAAAAAGUACGUGGACUUGGGGUGCGUGGUCUGCUCCCACAAGGCGCUCGCCUAUUCCUUCUGGGCCUUCCUCCUCGCCUUUCUCGUCUUCGCCGUCCCCACCGUCAUCGUCAGGGUUUUGCCCCGCCACCGCCCCCGUCCCCCGCCGCCCGACAACUACUCCGCCGCCCUUCACCCCGCCCUCCUCUUCUUCAACGCCCAAAAAUGUAAGUAAUCAUUUACAUAAAUUAAAUGUAUAUUCGAAGCCUCUUCGGAAAUAACCUUAGAGAUUAGCGUUAGCUUUUUGAAAGCGUUACCUACGGACAGGGUUUACCGUUAGCGUUUUCAAGGUAAUCUGCGCCGUUAAAAUUUUAUUCAAAACGCUAAUCUCUAAUGUUAUUCCCAAACAGGUCCUUGCUCAUUUAGAAAACAGUUUCAUCUUAUUUUUUUUGUGCUUCACAAAACACUUUUACAAUCUCUAACGAACGUAAACACACCACAAUUCUUCUUAAUCCUGUAAAAAGAAAUAUUGUUUUAGGGU